CCUCCCUCUUGCUCAACUCUCGUCGCCCGCUGCCCUCAUACCGGCCAGAACAUCAAGCUUAGACUCCCUAGUCUCUCGCUGUAAUGUCUCCAGUUACAAUACUUGACUCAGCUCUCGGUGCUGUGGGGCAUACACCCCUCAUCCGUCUAGACAGACUGGCAGCUUCAGAGGGCAUUAAAUGCAACCUUUUAGGAAAGCUGGAAUACACUUCCGCAGGAGGAUCUGUCAAGGACAGGAUCGCGAAGCGUAUGGUCGAGAUGGCGGAGAAGGAUGGCAAGCUCGUCCAAGGGAAGAGCGUCGUCAUCGAGCCUACUUCUGGUAAUACUGGUAUUGGUUUAGCAAUGGCAUGUGCUAUCAAGGGAUAUUCGGUGAUUAUUACCAUGCCCGAGAAGAUGUCACUUGAGAAAGAAGCAGCCCUUCGAGCCCUUGGUGCCGAAGUUGUCCGCACGCCCAGUGCAGCUGCUUGGGACUCCCCAGACAGCCAUAUAGGUGUGGCGCGAAAGCUGGAGAGGGAGAUUCCUGGCGGUAUUAUCCUUGAUCAAUACGGGAAUGCGAACAACCCCCUCGCUCAUGAAUAUACAACGGGACCAGAGAUCAUUGAAGCAGUAACUUCGACUCCGUCGACUUCGAUACACCCAUCGUCAGGGAAAGUGGACGUAUUUCUCGCCGGCGCUGGGACCGGAGGUACAAUCACUGGUGUGGCCCGUGCCCUCAAGAAAUCUCACAAUCCAAAGUGCAUCGUAGUUGGCAUCGAUCCCGUAGGCUCCUUGCUCGCCCUUCCUUCUUCGCUCAACAACCCAGCCGACAACAAUAAGCCCUACGUUGUGGAAGGCAUCGGCUACGACUUCAUUCCCGCCGUACUUACGCGCGAGCCUGGAACUAUAGACGCUUGGGUCAAAUCGUCUGAUGCCGACUCCUUUGUUGCAGUGAAGAAAUUGAUGCGAAAGGAGGGAGUGCUCGUGGGCGGGAGUUCUGGGAGCGCGAUUGCGGGGACAUUAGAGUGGUUGAAGGGGAGUGAGGAGGGAAAGCGGGUGGCGAAUGCGCCGGGAUUGAAUGUUGUGGUUUUGUUGGCUGAUGGUAUCAGGAAUUAUAUUGGGAAGGAAUGGUUCCUCGAGAUGACCUUGCAGGCUGAGCCGACGCCGCUAGCCAACCAGAUCUCAAGCAUACUGAAGAAGCCGUCCGGGUCGAACAAGGACAAGACGGGGCGUGGCCUACCCAACGGAAACGGGCAUUUGAGUGGAGUCUAAGGGCCUCUACCACUCGUAUUGCGGAGGGAUCUUCUGGGGCAUCAUUCUUCCUAGACACGAUACUUAUUAGACCCAGUGGCGAAUAUUCCAAUGACCAGAGAGACGCAUACGACAGCAUGGUACUAUAUACGGUGUACAGAUACAGUGUAGAAUGGUUCGUGAUUGUGGCUUUGUGUACAUUUUAUAGACCGGAUAUCAACGGAGAUCUUUGUUUUGCGUAUACGCACU